UGGCUACCUACGAGUUGAUUGACACUUACGGGGGUGUAUUCAUUCAAGACAUUUUAAGACAUUUUAGGAUUUGUCAAAUCUGGGUGUAUUCAUUCAAGACAUUUUAAGACAUUUUAAAACUCUUAAAAUGUCUAGGUGUAUUCAUUUUGGACAUCAAGACAUGGAUUCUAGGUAUCAUGUGGACAUAUCCAAACUUGUAAGCCCAAACAUAGAAGGAAAUCCCAUUACCCAAAUCUCACACCUUUACGUGAGAUUUGAAAUCCUAGCAAGCACGAAGGUUAUCUGGCUCCUUCGAACACAACAAUCGGCAGCGGAACUUCAAUCGACAGAGGUAAACAUUUUCUCCGCCCUCUUGCUUUUCGACCGCCAUUUUUCUUCAUUCCACAGAAUCAAAUCCUUGCAGCUUUGUUAUCUCUUUUCCUCUUUGUUAAAUCCCUAGCUUUUCUUAAUGAAUGAAAGAUUUCCUUUCCCAAUAGUAUAAGCUUCUCCCCUGGAUUAGUCAUACUAUAGCUCAUCUCAUAAGCACUGGUCAGGUUACUGAUUCUUUGUUUGAAUGAACCAUAUUGUUAAUAUUUAUGGAAGUGUUGAAAUAUUCUGCCUCCAAAGUGUUCGAUGAAAUUCCCAAAAGAAAUGUAAAAAUCAGUUUUGUUGUAAAAAUAAGUUUUGUUGUUAAUAAAACCAUAAGUCCAGUAUGAUGGCUAUUUUAUACUUGCGACUGAUUUUAUACGAGUUAGGGGUGUCGAUUGUUCAAGUCAUAACCUUUUGGGUCUUGUAACAAUAUGGCUAUAACAGUAUUACUGGUAAUAAUCGUAUAUUGAGUGGUGCAGCAGCUUGUAUAUUAAGAAAUUUGUUUUUAAUGAGUAAUGGACAUUACUAUUAUGUAUUCAUGAUUUGCAUUUGGAUUUAAUUGUUUCUUUGCUUAAUGUGGUUCGGUUUUUUGUUCAACAGUACACAUAAUGUCACAUAGUGACAUGGCCCAAGAUAAUGAUAGUGAUAUGGAUGAGAUUGAAGAAGAUGAGAGUAGAGAAGAUAUGUAUAGACAUAUUAGAUAUUUAUUUGUAGUCAUUCAGACCGCCAUAUACAUGUUAAGCUUGCACGUAGUUAAAAUGCAUCAGAAUCGUGUGAACCGUUACUCACUUGCGAGGAGACCAAAAACUAGAGAUGGCUAUGACUAUAUUCAUAAAAUCCUGAAGGAAGAUCCAAAAGAUUUUCGGGAUAUUUAUAGAAUGUAUCCAGACGUUUUCUUGAAAUUAUGCCAUAUUAUUAGGGAGAAACAAUUGUUGGCAGAUACAAGGUAUGUCAGCAUUGAGGAAAUGCUUGCAACAUUCUUAGUUAUUGUUGGUCAGAACAAUCGUUAUUGUCAAUUACGCAAAACAUUUGGAAGAUCACAUUUCACUGUUAGUCAAAAUUUCAACAAGGUUUUGAAGGUGCUACAACAUUUUGCGGUUGAAAUGAUGGCAAAACCUGGACGUACGGUGCCAGAAAAAAUAAGAGAAAGUACCAGAUUUUAUCCGUAUUUCAAAGAAUGUCUUGGAGCUAUUGAUGGCACACAUAUACCGGCAAUGAUAUCUGGCCGUGAAACAAGUAGCUAUAGAAAUCGUCAUGGGAUUAUUUCACAAAAUGUUUUGGCUACUUGUAACUUUGAUCUACAAUUUAUGUAUGUGUUGAGUGGCUGGGAGGGAUCAGCACACGAUUCAAAAGUUUUGACCGAUGCAUUGACAAGGGAAAACGGUCUGAAAGUUCCCAAUGAUUGCGGAUAUCCAAAUAGACGUCAAUUCUUAGCACCUUUUCGAGGUACCCGCUAUCACCUACAAGAUUUUGCUGGUCAAGGUCGUGAUCCAAAUAAUUCGAAGGAACUUUUUAAUCUUCGUCAUGCUUCACUGCGGAACGUGGUUGAAAGGAUAUUUGGGAUAUUCAAGUCAAGGUUCGUUAUUUUCAAAACAGCACCCCCGUUUCCUUUCCGCACUCAAGCCGAGCUAGUGCUUGCGUGUGUUGGAUUGCAUAACUUUCUACGAAAAGAAUGUCGCUCUGAUGAAUUUCCGGUUGAUCCUGAAGAUGAAAUUCGAUCUUUUGAAGCGGAAGAUGUUGAACAAUAUUUUGCAAGUCAAGAACAACAAAGGGCUAAUGCAAAUGCUUGGAGGGACACAAUAGCAUCUAAUAUGUGGAAUGAUGCUAUGAACUAGUAUAGGUCAUGUGAUUGUCCAAGUAGCAUUUAUGUAAAGUUAUUUUUGUUUUAUGCUUUCAUAACAUUGACAAUCACUAUCUUUUAGUGCUGGGGAUUAUCUCAGUGCAAUUGAAGCAAUAGCCUGAGGGAAAUCAUUUCUCCAGUGGAACUUCAUCGUUGGCCUCAUUUCUAUUUAUGUUUUAGUUAUAAUUAUGAGUUGGACAGAGAGUAACAGACCGUUAUUGGUGUGUUGUUGAUGAUGCUUAUGACUUGAGAC